ACAGGAAGAGCCUUAUGUGAUGUUCAAGAAGUCUGACAAGCCUCUGUAUGGAAAUGACCGCUUUGAGGGCUACUGUGUAGACCUGCUGAGAGAGCUGGCCAACAUCUUGGGCUUCACUUACGAGGUUCACCUGGUGGAAGAUGGGAAAUAUGGUGCCCAGGAUGAGAACACAGGCCAGUGGAAUGGCAUGGUCAAGGAGCUAAUGGACCAUAGAGCUGAUCUGGCUGUUGCUCCCCUCACCAUCACAUACGUGCGUGAGAAGGUUAUCGACUUCUCCAAGCCCUUCAUGACACUGGGUAUAAGUAUACUAUACCGCAAGCCCAACGGGACCAACCCUGGGGUCUUCUCCUUCCUCAGCCCCCUCUCGCCUGAUAUCUGGAUGUAUAUUCUGCUGGCUUACUUGGGUGUCAGUUGUGUGCUGUUUGUCAUAGCCAGGUUUAGUCCCUAUGAGUGGUAUAACCCCCACCCUUGCAACCCUGACUCGGAUGUAGUGGAAAACAAUUUCACCCUGCUAAAUAGUUUUUGGUUCGGAGUUGGAGCUCUCAUGCAGCAAGGAUCUGAGCUUAUGCCGAAAGCCCUCUCCACCAGAAUUGUAGGUGGAAUCUGGUGGUUUUUCACGCUCAUCAUCAUCUCCUCUUACACGGCAAACCUGGCAGCCUUCCUCACUGUGGAGAGGAUGGAGUCACCCAUUGACUCUGCUGAUGACCUGGCCAAGCAGACAAAGAUAGAAUAUGGCGUGGUAGAAGAUGGCUCCACCAUGACCUUCUUCAAGAAAACCAAGAUCUCCACAUAUGAUAAGAUGUGGGAAUUCAUGAGCAGUCGGAGGCAUUCAGUGAUGGUGAAGAACGCUGAGGAAGGCAUUCACCGUGUACUCACCUCGGACUACGCAUUCCUCAUGGAGUCCACGACCAUCGAGUUUGUCACGCAGCGUAACUGCAACCUCACCCAGAUUGGAGGACUCAUUGACUCCAAAGCCUAUGGGGUUGGCACCCCAAUGGGCUCUCCGUACAGAGAUAAGAUUACCAUUGCCAUCCUGCAGCUUCAGGAGGAAGGGAAGCUGCACAUGAUGAAGGAGAAGUGGUGGAGAGGAAAUGGCUGUCCCGAGGAAGAGAGUAAGGAGGCCAGCGCUCUCGGGGUGCAGAACAUCGGAGGGAUCUUCAUUGUCCUAGCUGCUGGACUUGUCCUCUCCGUGUUUGUGGCUGUGGGAGAGUUCCUCUACAAGUCCAAACAGAACGCACAACUUGAAAAGGCCCAAUGGCGACACCGAGAUAAGAAACGUGAGGAAUUCUGCUGUCACCAUGGAUCCAAGCUAGAAUUUAACCACCAUCUCAAAUGACCUCAAGAGAAACUCCAGAAACUUUUGUUUUCUCUUGUAAUCUAACAAGAUCCAAAACUAUUGCACUGUGUUUUUCUUUCUGACACUCCUAAGGGAAUGGGAAUACUCAGACCAGUUUAAUAAAAUGUUUGGAGGGCUGGUAGCAAUACACAGUUGGAUCACAGACAUACUGUAUAUAUUACAAAGAUUUGCUCUGCUGCAUGACCCAUAUCUUCAACAGUCACAUCCACUAACACACACCUCCCUGCUUCUGCUGUUCAUUUCCACUCUGCAAAGUUCCAUCCUGCUUAUAACACAACUAUUCAUAUCUGUUGCAUUUAGACGAAUGCAUAUCCUUUCUAGAUGCAGUAACACAGAAGCUUGACUGGAGCUAAUGCCACUGAAUAAUUUCUGCAUUAACAAAGAAAAAUGGCAGUAAUGAAUUAUUUUAUAUGCAGCAGUCUUCUGUGAGAUAGAAGAUAAAGAGGAUGAGCAUUAUAAACUGCAGGUCAAUAGCUAACUGCUUCCUGGAGUAGGGUUACUGCAGCAACCAGUGUAGAAACUAAUAAUAUGGUGACUGCACAAGUUCUCCAUUCAGUUGCAGCUUUAAUAGGCAAAUAAAUAAGAGAAAAAUAUGCAACACUUACAAAUAGCUUUUGAAAAUUACUCUAGUUAUUGAAAGAGCUGACAGUGACCAGGGAGGAGCCCUACAGUAAUUCAAUUGAUUAACCGGAAUAUGACAACAGUGUACAUAUAUCAUGGUGGAAGGUAAAGAAAUCUGUUUCUUUAGCGCAGACAAAAACACAACAAAUUGUAUAAUAUUGUUAAAAUUCACAUUUUAUUUAAUUUUCUGUAAUGCCUUUGCCUGAAAAAAAUGUCGUGGGUGAUGUUUAUCACUAAAAUAUCUGUACAUGGAAUACAUACAGCGGAAUUUUUUUUUUACAUUUCAUUGCAGUAAUCAUAAAGAUAUUCAGUGAAUACUGAUCUUAUAUUAGACUAUCAAUUUUCUCAUAGGUAUAAGUCUAAUUAACACAAGCUGUACACAGUACAUUAUGUAGUAUGUUGAAAAAACUGCCGCAAAAAGAAACCGUUAUUUCUUUGUGAAAUCUGGGCCCAUUUAUUAUAUUCAUAUUUGGAAGGUCACACUGUGAAAACUGCCCACCAAUUAGAAUGAUAUGGUUAAAAAUAUGUUGUAAAAUUUUUGAGGGCCAUGCCCAAAUGAACAAUUACUUUAAGUAACUAGGGACAGCACAAAUCCUUUAAUAAACUCCCAUGGAAGGAGGGAACCACUGACUCCAGUUUCAGGAGUUGUACAGUACAUGUCCUGGAAAAGUCCAGCGAGAGCCUAAUCCAACAUUUUAGUGUAUUGACUGUACAGUGUUUCACCUAGGCCUAGUGACUCCGUCGCCCCCAUUGUAUCAUUCUGUAAGGUGAAUACAUCUCGGACUCUUAAAUAUGUAAACACACACACACACACACACACACACACACACGUAUCUGCACACAAAUAUACAUACACUAUAUAGCAUAAACGCACAUGAAGCCUGUGAGGUUGAAAGAACAGUGGUCACUGGUGCGUUAUAAUCUGAAGGCCAUGGUAAUUCACAUGGCGAUUCACAUUUUUGACUGCCAGCUAAAAUAUGUCUGCCAUUAAAUGUGUGCAGCCAUUCUGCUAUGUAGACAGCAUUCUAAUACAACUAUAUGACAACAGCCAUGAGCAAGCAAACAUACCCUUUGUUUGCUGUUUCUACCAGUGCAAGUAUUUGCCUCUACACAUGAAAGCUAGUACAAAUCUCAUGCAGUAAUGGGUAUCUGACUGGCAAGAAUAGCAACUCAUGGAAACAGCUGAUAUCACAGAAGUGAAAGGAAUGUAUCAGUAAGAAGAACAUAGAUUUAUUGUGUCUAACACACAUUGAGAUGUUGGGAACAGAAUGUAUGGUUCACGACUGCAUUCCUGACAUCAACAAGCAAAACAGAUUUCUGGCUUAGAUAGAUACUGUAUUCCUCUUGAUUCACAAAACACUACUGGUGGCAGCUAUGGGUGACUACUGCCAUCAGCUUGCAUAUGUGGAUUUCUGUUGGUAUUUUCUCAGGUUGGUUCAUGCAGUCAUGUUAGCAUCAGUGUUUCAAAUCAAAUGCUUGCUGGGAUGAUUUUCUCAUAAAACAGUGUAUGUUUUACCUUCAGUGAGAAAUUUGAUUUAGUCUGUGAUGUUUUUAUUCAAAUCAUAAAAUGCAUUCUCCCAUACUAGAUAGAGGGUUUGUCUAACACUGCAAUGUGUGAGUAGUACACCAGAUUGUACUGGAACAUAAAGUAUAUAGUUAGAUCAGAAAAGUUAGCGAGCACAUUCACAUUGUGAGCUCUACUGCAACAUUAAUUCCUAAAGAAGGUUAUUCACCUAUCCAGAACAAACUAAAUAAAGACAGGCACGAUGGAUAGACCCAGCAGGUAACUUACAGGCAGACAGAACAGACCAUUUUUCAAUGUUUCUCCAUUCAAAUUACAACCUACCAUCCUACUUUAAACCCUGUAUUGACAGUGAGCAGGUUGCACUCUUAUUUCAUGCUUAAAUGCCACUACUGUCAUGUGUUAUACACUCUGCCAAGUGGAAUGUCUUUAAUAGGACCACAUGAAAGCAUAUAAUAAUUGACACACUGUCGUCUUGUUUGCUUGAGAUGUACUUUGUUUAAAGAAAAUAGAAUCACUGGACUAAAAUAAAAUACAUUUCCUCUAAUAUUGUUAUUUAAAGGUCAUUUUGAAGAUGCCUAUAACUAGUGCAUGUUAGUAUUCACACACUUCUUUGUAGAUUAAAACACUUCUGAAACAUUUAGGCCACCGUGAAGGACCAAAGCUUUUCGCUGAAACCAUGGCCAAAAUCUGGUCCUGACAUAGUGAGGACAUAAAAUAGUUUGGUGCACUAAGGAAUUAGCUUCAAAAGCUUGUUUUGAAUAAAAAAAAAAAAGUGUAGAAAGCUUUGUUAGUUCAUAUCAAAUAGGCUGUCUCUUUGCAAUUUAAUCCUCAGUUGAGAUCAACAGUUCCAUAUUUAGAAUAUGAUUGUGGCUAAGGUCGAGAAUCACCUGCCCUAUGCAUACAGCACGUCUCUGUGAUGGGGACCAGGUGGCUACUGAGCAAAUAAUUUGUGAAGCUAUAUCAUUAGACAGGAAGUUGAUAACUAAGUCAGCAAAAAAAAAAAAAAAAAAAGCCUUUUUAAAUGCCCAUUGCCAAUAACAAGAAAAACAAUGCAAUGUCAUGCACAUGGUUAUGGUAUGGUUAAGGGAGCAAAAAACCAUGACAAAUAAACCUUGAUUAAGGUACAGUUACCCACAGGGAGACCUUUUGACUGUGGUUUCCAGAGAGCAGACAGUAACUGCUGCACUGUGACAGGGCAUUAAUACUAGUCUGUGCCAUCCUAACAUCCACAUUAUUACUGCCUUCUCACUAUAUAAAAAGCACAGUACUCCUUAUGCUGGCACUGAAUGUCAGCAGUAUAUGCAAAUCAUCAGUUGGAGACUUGUCUAAUUUAAAAGCAAUUACAAAUGGGUUGCAUUUUAAUUUAAAUUUUUUAUUGUAUGAUUCUAAUUGGUGCCCAGUCAGUAUCUGUUGGUGGAGUGGAGGACUGUAGGAGAAACAUUUUGGAGAAACAAAACAUUUUGCCAUUACCGCUGUGGAGUGUCAGUGUGCUCUUUCACAAACUUCA